UACAUGGGCUUGCAGCCUUGUGAAAUGAUGAUUCAGUUUAUCCAUUCGCUGAGUGUGCUACACUGACCUCCUUCCAAGCUUCAGUUCCUGUUCUAGGAACUUGAGGCUAUGUAGCCUGAAAAUGCCCUGCAGUCUGCAGUGUUCUACUGUGAACUGCUUGUGUGUGUUGGCAGGCUACCGGUAAGAAUGGUUGGUGUCAGCAGGGGUGGGGCCCUCUGAGACCCAUCUCACAAAGAUGAGUGGUGAAAAUCUGAUCACUUGCUGCAGCCCUUUAGUUUUUUAUUAAGCCGAUGCCUGAGUAGCUUUAAUAGCUAUUAGCUAUGUUAGUAGACUGAGAUCUUCUGUUAGAAGUCUUUAGUUCUGUUUUCCUUGGGGGACUAAGAAAUUAUAUUGCAGGCCUGAAUUACAGGAAGGGGAGAACCAAUGGCUAGGGAAUGAGAGCCAAUACCUGUAAAAGCAGAGUUGGGCUGGGCGCGGUGGCUCACGCCUGUAAUCCCAGGACUUUGGGAGGCUGAGGCGGGCAGAUUACGAGGUCAGGAGUUAGAGACCAGUCUGACCAACAUGGUGAAACCCUGUCUCUACUAAAAAUACAAAAAUUAGCCGGGUGGGGUGGCGCGCGCCUGUAAUCCCAGCUACUCAGGAGGCUGAGGCAGGAGUAUCUGGGAGAAACCCCGGGGGUGGAGGUUGCGGUGAGCUGAGACUGUGCCACUGCACUCCAGCCUGGGCAACAGAGUGAGACUCCGUCUCAAAAAAGAAAAAAAAGCAGAGUUAAUAUAUUGCUUAUAGUUAGUUGAACCAGUUGUUUUUCACACACCAGUGCCAUAAUCUAAAGUUGAGAUUGAACACAGAUAGGUAGGUAUUAGUUAUCUUCAGGAUGGAAGAGAAUAGUAACAAUUCGGAGCACCAAUGGGAACAUUGUUUCCUGAGAGUUCAAACUAAUAAAGUAGCAUAUGUUUCCUAAAUAUGUAUCAUGUGAAUCUUUAAUGUUUGUGGACAUUAAUACAAAUCUAGAGUGUGACAGAACAUCUUUGAAUUUUAUGUUCUCACUUAACGAAUAUUGGAUUAGGCAAGGUGUGGAUACCUUUCCAGCUGAAAAUCUGAUCAAGGAGGCAGGCUUCUUGGCUCCAUGCUAAAAAUCAUUGAUGAUUUGUCAUAUUGGCCCUCUUCCUGGCAAAAUCUUAGUUUCUUAGGCAGUGGAAUGAAGCAUAACAAAACAAAAUCCCUAGAGGCUAGGAACAGAUAGUUUGAAAGAGAAGACACUGUAGCAUGUGCUGCUUAAGUACAUAUUUUCUGCUUUUGGAAUGGAAACUAGGAAGUCAUUUAAAUAGAUAUGUGUCUUUUUUAUCCUAUCUAGUAAUUUAUGUGGGAUAUUCAAAUAGGAAAAUACGGGCUAGCACUGCAUAUUGUAUCAAUGUCUUACAUUGUAUACAAAUGACUAUUAGAUUUAGAUGACUAAUUAGAUUUAAAUGACUGUUCAACUAGCCCCAGUCUAACAGAUCAGAGAUUGUGGAGUUUCACUUCUUUGGACUGUGUCUUUUUCAUUUUGGUGCUGAGUCUGCAGUCACCAUAACCACUUACAAAAAAACUGUAUUUUUUCUGUUCUCCUCGUGGGUUCUGAGUUUUAGAAUCUUGCCUUUUGUGUUGUUCAGUCAUCCAGGUGCCCUUUGCCCUCUGUAAGCCAUUAAAUCUUUUGAAGAGGCGGCUUUGCUGGUAGAGUCCUAAGUGAAAUUUUGACCAAAAGUGAGUUUAUGAAGACUGGUGGGCAGGAGCUCAAGAGCUGCAGGGUUGUCCUGCAGCCAGUGUCUGAUGUGCCCCAGCUGGGAAGCUGAUGAAUAGCUGAGAUCUGUAUCUGUGGACCUGAAUGUUGAUCCCUCGCUUCAGAUUGACAUACCUGAUGCGCUCAGUGAGAGAGAUAAAGUCAAAUUUACAGUGCACACAAAGACCACACUGCCCACGUUUCAGAGCCCAGAGUUUUCUGUUACAAGGCAACAUGAAGACUUUGUGUGGCUACAUGACACUCUUAUUGAAACAACAGACUAUGCUGGGCUUAUUAUUCCACCUGCUCCUACGAAGCCCGACUUUGAUGGUCCUCGAGAGAAGAUGCAGAAACUGGGAGAAGGUGAAGGGUCUAUGACCAAAGAAGAAUUUGCCAAGAUGAAACAAGAACUGGAAGCUGAGUAUCUCGCUGUGUUUAAGAAGACUGUGUCCUCCCAUGAAGUCUUUCUUCAGCGGCUUUCUUCUCACCCUGUUCUCAGUAAAGAUCGCAACUUUCAUGUUUUCCUGGAAUAUGAUCAGGAUCUAAGUGUUAGGCGGAAAAAUACUAAAGAGAUGUUUGGUGGCUUCUUCAAAAGUGUGGUGAAAAGUGCUGAUGAAGUCCUUUUUACUGGAGUUAAGGAGGUAGAUGACUUCUUUGAGCAAGAGAAGAACUUCCUUAUUAACUAUUACAAUAGAAUCAAAGAUUCUUGUGUGAAAGCUGACAAAAUGACCAGAUCUCAUAAAAAUGUUGCCGAUGACUAUAUCCACACCGCAGCCUGCUUACAUAGCCUGGCUUUAGAAGAGCCCACAGUCAUCAAAAAGUACCUAUUGAAGGUUGCUGAGCUAUUUGAAAAACUAAGGAAAGUAGAGGGUCGAGUUUCAUCAGAUGAAGAUUUGAAGCUAACAGAGCUCCUCCGAUACUACAUGCUCAACAUUGAAGCUGCUAAGGAUCUCUUAUACAGACGCACCAAAGCCCUCAUUGACUAUGAGAACUCAAACAAAGCUCUGGAUAAGGCCCGGUUGAAGAGCAAAGACGUCAAGUUGGCUGAGGCACACCAGCAGGAGUGCUGCCAGAAAUUUGAACAACUUUCCGAAUCUGCAAAAGAAGAACUGAUAAAUUUCAAACGGAAGAGAGUGGCAGCAUUUAGAAAGAAUCUAAUUGAAAUGUCUGAACUGGAAAUAAAACAUGCCAGGAACAAUGUCUCCCUUUUGCAGAGCUGUAUUGACUUGUUCAAGAAUAACUGAUAUGCCUUCACUCAGAAGAAAAGAAAUGAAUGUGAAAGAAAGCCAAGCAUCACUUGCACUUAAAUCAUUACCACGGAAGAUAUAUUAGCUUCAACUUUAGUUUAAAAUUAUGUGAAUAAAUAUUUUGAUUUCUACAAAUCUUAACAUUUAACCAUGUUGGUUUAAAAAUAUUAUUGCUUGCUACUUGGACAUAACUAAAUUUUCCUUGUGCAUUUAAUACCUCUGGGCAGAAUCUAAAUACUGGGUUCUCCCGUAGUUCGUCUUUAGUUACUAAGAAAGGGUGUAGGAGACAUUUGCCUUCUGGAAACAAGUAGAAGCAAUCACCUGGCCCAUGUCCCUACAAACCCAUGAUUGUCAGGGAGGUGCCAGUUACAGCAGGUGAUUCAGCUACUUGAGGCCGGUAACAGACCUUCCAUUCCUCACUGAAGGUGGGGUUUGUGUUUUUGUUUUGCCCUGUUACUCCACUGGUAGUCCUUUGGUGUUUGUACUAUAACAACAGCAAGAAAAUCUCAUUUAUCUUUAUAUACUCUUUGCACCUCCUUUUUUUAGUCGAGAUAUAAAUAUUUGAGAGGAGAGAAAUAUCUACGGGUAUAUAUGGAAACAAAUAAUGUGGUCUGCUUUAUAAGAUGGCCAGAUCUACAUUAGGAAAAGUAUGAGCCCCCUCCCUAGUGGCUGUUGGGGGGGUGAGGGGGGUAUGGUGUAUGUCUUUGGGCAUUUGUUUUUUAUAAAGCAUAUAAUAAAAUAAUCGUGCUACUAA